AAAGAAAAUGAAUGGAUGCUAGAACAAAUGUCAAGUUGGAAGUUACGAUAAUUUCCUCAGCCGAAUGAAGACACUAAGUUAUUAGUUUUAUGGAUCUUAUCAGGCCUCUUCAGUAACUUCUUAGUUCACUUCCAAAAGAUACAAUUUUAGUGCUGUGUUGAAUACCCUUGAAAAUGGCUGACCGGAAGGCUGAACUAGAGAAGAAAAAGGCCAAGCUUCAAGCUAUUAGAGAAGAAAAGGAACGUAGAAGGAGAGAAAAAGAAUUAAAAGAUGCGGAAGAAGCAGCUUUACGAAGCGUUCAUGUGGAGAAAGACCAACGCAAAGAGCUUGAUGAUAUGCUCUCCUCCCUAGGAGUUGCACCUGUAUCAGACGCAGGAUCAUUUGUGAUUGAGCAACUUAAUGUUCUAUCCAGUCUUCCCAGUGUGACGUCCACCGGGACUCCUGAACACAACAGUAACAACGCUACCCCUGACACCAGUCUCACCAGCACUGUGCCCAUCUACAGCGUGGGCCGCAAGAAGCCACAGCUGAGCGUAGUGAGUGUACAGUGCACCAGCAUUCCACCUAAGGAGACAGUCGUCUACACUAAACAGACACAGACCACCAAUACAACUGGAACUGAGAGAGAUGGAUCUGAUUCAUCUUCCCCACUUAAAGGAUACUAUGAGGACUGGUGGAGGCCCAGGAAAGCUCAAGCGUUUGGAUAUUACGACGAGUACAAUCUAAAUCCUGGUUUAGAAUGGGAGGACGAGUUUACAGUUUUGACGUAUGACGAACCACAAGCGGAAGACGAGGAGAGCUCUCUGCCGCAUCUGGAUGGGUUCCACAGCAAGCUGCCGCCAGGGAUUCUGCCCCACGGACUACCUCAGGUGAAGGAGACAGAGCCAGCCAUCACCAAGGUCGAACAGGAAGCCAAGAAGGACCCACCCAAGACUGUGAGAGAGCUGAGCGAGGAGGAGAAGCUGAUGAUAGUGUUGUCGGAGGAGUUCCAGAGGUUUGUGUACCACACAGCACCCAUCGUAGAGAGAGCUUUAGCCGAGGACCACGACAUCUACACAGACUACACUGGAGGUGCUGACCGCGAGGACACUGGUGAUGAGAAGUCGGGCUGUAGACUGUCACAGUCGCGCUGUUUCUCUGACGAGCGAUGGUCGCGCAACCGCUGUGUCACGUCCCUGGACUGGUCGCCGCAGCACCCUGAGCUGCUGUUGGCCAGUUACCACACCAAUGCUGAGAGUCCCCACGACCCUGAUGGCGUGUGUCUUGUGUGGAACACCAAGUUCAAGAAGACCACACCCGAGUUUAUAUUCCACUGUCAGUCUGCCGUCAUGAGCGCCACAUUUGCCAGAUUCCACCCUAAUCUCAUACUGGGAGGCACAUUCUCUGGACAAAUAGUUCUCUGGGACAAUCGAGUGCAGAAGAGGACACCUAUUCAGCGCACACCGCUAUCAGCCACAGCACAUACGCACCCAGUGUACUGUCUGUCAGUGGUGGGGACACAGAACGCACACAACCUCAUCUCAGUGUCUACAGACGGUCGGUUGUGCUCCUGGUCACUGGACAUGUUGUCUCAGCCGCAAGAGACGCUGGAGCUGCAGCACAGACAGAGCAAGGCUAUUGCCGCGUGGUGUCUCGCCUUCCCUCACAACGAGGUCAACAACUUUGUCAUCGGCAGUGAGGAAGGCGCUGUCUAUUCAGCGUGUAGACACGGCAGCAAGGCAGGAGUGACUGAAACCUACGAAGGUCACCAAGCCUGUGUCACUGGUAUUGAUGCCCACAGGGUACAGGAGGGAAUAGACUUCUCACAUCUCUUCCUCACCUCCUCCUUCGACUGGACUGUCAAACUAUGGAAUCUCAAGGAGAACAAGCCUCUGUACUCGUUUGAAGACAACAGCGACUAUGUGUAUGACGUGGCUUGGUCCCCCACACACCCUGCGUUGUUUGCUGCCGUGGAUGGUACCGGACGACUGGACCUGUGGAACCUCAACACAGACACAGAGGUGCCUACAGCUACGGCCAUCGUUGAGGGUAGCCCUGCGCUCAAUCAGGUAUCAUGGACUCCCAAUGGCAACCAUGUAACGUGUGGAGACGACGCUGGUCGCAUCUGGCUGUACGACGUGGGUGAGCAACUCGCCCAGCCAAGGAUGGACGAUUGGAACAAGAUGCUGGGAACUCUGCAGGAACUGAAGAAUAACCAGGCUGAUGAAGAAAUGGAUAAGAUGGCCACUCUUAGUACUUCUGCUCCCAACAGCCUGUCUUCCAUUGUGUCAAGAUAAAGCUUUCACUAUAGUUAUUAGUUAUAAUUAAGUCACUCACCCUAUGCCUCAUUGUAAUUUAUUUAUGUUUUUAUGAAUUAUCGCUUUGUUACAAUAAAAUAAUACAUAUAAAA